AUGACAAAUCUCGACAUAAAAUUCAAACUUGCAAACACAGUUGCUACGCUCUUGCUGGUGGGAUCUCAAGGAUUCAGUUUCUCUGGAUGGUUCUUGGGACAUUCUUAUGAAUUUGGACCCAAGGACUUUAUCAUCAUCUUGACGGGCGUUCUGCACUUUUUGCUGAUCGGAUUUACCAUCUACCAGUAUCUACCCAGCGCUCCAAAAGAUGUGUUUGAAUCCAUUGGAUUCUGGUAUCUGUUGGUUGCUGUGAUCAACAGCUCCGUUGCCUUCUUAUGGUUCUUCCAUCUCGGUAUCUUUGCUUUCGUUGGUCUUCUUUGGCAAUUAGCUACCUUGGUGUUCAUCUAUCAUCGCCUGCGUGAUUAUCCACCUCGUAAUGGUACAGAUCAUGCAUUUGUAAAUGCACCCUUCUCCAUUUACACUGCCUAUUCCUUCUUUAUUGUUCUCUGGCAAGCCUUCCAAUUCCACGAUCAGACCAAACACAACGAUAUUGUGCUCACCUUUAUCAUUAUCGUGAUUGGCUUUGUCGGCCUUCACUUGGUCGAUUACUCGCAUAGAAAAGAUUGGGUCUAUGCCCUGACAACUGGAUGGAUCCUCUUGGGUGCCGCUGUAUUUUUGAGCAAUGUCCCUCAUACCACAUCCCUCAUUGUUGUUGGUAUUCUUAUUAGCGCUGUUGCUCGUACACUGAUUCCCAACUGGCUGGAUCGUUUCAAUAGAAGAUUCAGCUCUUGGGCUAACAGACUAGGAGAGAGAACACCUUUGCUUGGCCAUUAA